AUGGCAGAGGCUCCACGGCCGAGCACUGGCAAAAACAGUGCACGUCUGGGUAGCAGUGGGACUGGGGGUGUGCGUGUACCCCAGGAGCCCUCUCUCAAAGUUGGUGUGGUGUUAGAUGAAAGGGUGGACUUCCUUCGGGAACAGGCUUUCUGUGUGCUACGGGUUAAGACGGAUAAAUGGAACCGCUUCAUUGGAGCAGAGGAAAACCAGAAGAUUAUACUGGAUUUUCUAGACCACAUCUGGACCAACCGCCUGCUGCUCUUCACUGGACCUGGAGGAACUCUGCAUGCAGGGGAUGCUCAAGUGCUUGUGUCAGUGCUGUCCAAUGGCCUGAACCACGAGGAUUGGCCCCGAGUGGUAUCCGAGGACACGCACAGACACCUGGAGAAGCUGCGGAGCAACGUAGUGACGCUGCGAGGGCGCGCGGAGGGACGCACGCUGCUGCCGCUGCCGCUGUGCGUGGAGAGGGCCCAGACCCGCGACAUCGCCGUGAGUGGUCUGGCCAGAUAUGGACAGUGCUUCAGAAAAGCUCUGCUGCGAUGUUACAAGGGGGAGACCACCCUGUCCCCAGCCUGGAACUCCACUUCUGGUCUGCUCAACGAGAAAACCUUCGAGGCAUCCAGGCUCAAGUAA